AUGUCUAAUUAUAUGGAAUAUGGAGUAACACUUACAGAUGGACAGAAGUCAAAACUAGCUUCUGCGAUAAUAAAUCAGUCACCUUUGACUCUUCGGUUAAAACAUUCGCAUCUUAGAGGAAAUGAUGAGUUAAUGUUGACAAAAAGACAGAUUGAUAAAAUAAAUAAAUCUAUUGCAAAUGGCACAGGAUCUGAUAUAAAGAUAAGUAAAACUCAAAUUAGAAAAUCUGUAAAACAUGGAGGAAACUUAUUUUCAUCACUAGCAUCUCUUGGAGCAAAAGUUCUUCCUUUCGCAAUAAAAGGAAUUUCAAAAGCUGUUCCCGCAUUAGCAACCGGUGCUGCAACCGCACUUGGUGAAAUUGGGCUAAAUAAAAUAUUUGGAAAAGGAAUCACAAUCCCCCCAGAGUUUUUCCCAAUGCUACCAAAUAUCGUAAGAGAAUUUACCAAAUCACAAAUAAAUCAAAUUAACAAAGCUUAUCAAUCAGGUAGUGGAGUAGUUAUAAAACCAACUCGUAAACAGAUAGAAGGAGGAUUUUUAGGUACACUUGCUUCUAUUGGUAUUCCAAUAGCAAUUAGUUUGGUAUCAAAGAUGCUUGGAGGAGGUCUUCAGGUCGAUAGACGUGGAUCAUCUAAUACAGCAAAUGUUUACGUGCCACCCACACAUGGUACAGGUUAUCCGUAUCAAUCACCUCCUUUUAUCGGUACAUGGUCCAACCCAAUAGGAAUGGGUGUUAAAAAAAAAAGUCCAAAGGCGAGGGUCUACUAUUAGGAAAAAACAGCCCAUUCAACUCAAUUCCCAUUCUCGGUACCAUUUUAUAAUGGGGGGAGUGCCUCCCCCCAAAACCCCCCUGCCCCAUUUCGAGAUUAAACCUCUUUCAAACUUUGACCUCAUGGAAUGGAUAAAAAGACUUGGUAUAAAAAAUUUCAGAGGAAUAUACAGUCGUGAUGGACUACCUCAUAAAAUAAAAAAAGAAUGUGGAAUAAUCAAUCUGGAUGAUAUAACAGGGCCUGGAACACACUGGGUUUGUUAUAGAAAUGGGAAAAGCGGUUUUUAUGAGUAUUUCGAUCCUUUUGGUCUGAUAAUGCCAAACGAAGUAUUAGAUUAUUUUCACACAGGGCCUGUAAAACCUAUUGUGUACUCAAUGGAUGAAAUACAAAAUCGCAGCACUGUUCUAUGUGGUUAUUGGUGUUUAUAUUACUUAUUAGAAAGACAACGAGGAAAAAGUAUUUUAGAUGUAAUACAUAACCCACAUUUUGAUAAUGAUAACAGCGAUUUCAUACAAGAAUACUUUGUGGGGGGAUUGCAUCCCCCAAAACCCCCCUGCUGUAAGGAUUUAGAGAUAAGACGAUAAAAAUAAUAUUUAACAAAUAUUAUUUUUUUUUAAUCUUCAUCUGGGACAUUUUUUAGUGAUUUAACCCUCUCAACUUUUGUAUUUAGAUCUUUAACACUAUCAACUAUAUCUAUGAAAUUAGAGUAAAUAUCAAUAAGACGAUAAAGUUUCUUUUUUUUAUCACUAUUUAGCUGCAACCAAGAAUAUUCCUCGUUUCUUAUUUUUUUCCACAUCUCACAUUCACCAACCAUCAGAACUCUAGAAAGAUUUUCGUUUUUCUUUCUAAGAGACUCCAACUCAUGAGUUAUUUUUACUCUUACUUCUUUCUCAAAAUCUUUUAGAGUUUUAACAUCUAUAUUUUUUUCAAUCUCAGAAAAGAAUUUAGCUUCCAUUUAUUAUAUAAAUAGAUAAUUACCUUUUACAACUUUGUUAAGCGUAUUUGAUUUCUCACUUAUUUCCAUAAGUAGCUCAAAUACUUUUAUAAAUUUCGUAUCGUUUUCCAAUCUAGAAAAAUCAGCGUAUUCAUAACUCAUGUUUAGACUGUUGUAUAUCUUUUGAAGCUCACUUUUCAGAAAAUUAGAUCUAGUAGUCAUACUUCGUAGAUGUAUUUUUUAUCUAAACAUUAUAUUAAAUGAAAGAAACUUAUUGUGUCGUAGAUAAAAGAGUAACCCCUUGCACAGAGCCAAGUGGUUACCAACAAGAUAAAAGAGGUAGAACUCAAUUCUUUUGUAGAUGCGCAGUUUGUGGAAAUAAAAAAGUAAGAUAUGUAAAAAUGGGGAAUACCCCCAUGCAAACUGGAAGUGGAAAAAGAAAAACUAAAAAGAAGUCAAAAAACUAAUCAGCCCGUCUGAAGGGGCGGGCGUCUUUGAUACUGUUGUUGGUACAGCAGUUGAUGGAUUUGUUCAUUACGGUUUACCUUGGAUGGGUAAUAAAGCAGUUGAAAUGGGAAGGUAUUAUGGGUCAGAAGCGCUCAGAAACCCUAAAUUACAGAAAAAAGCAAUAAAUUAUGCUUUGGACAAAUUAAAUCCAAUGAUACAAAACGUAGGUUCUCAAGCUCUUGACCAAUUAUCAACCAAAAUACGACCAAAGAAAAACUACAAAACAAACAGAAAAGAUCUUGAUGGAGGAGCUAUAGAUAUUCACAAGCAGAUUGGUAAAUUACCAAAACCAAAAGGAGGAUGGACCUUGCCAGGACAUAAAUAUACAGGUCCUUAUAAUGAUCUUGAGAACCAAGUAAGAUAUGAUUCGGAAACCGGCGAAAUAUUAGAAAUUUAUGAUCAACCAACUGGGCCAACCGAUGCUGUUGCCAUGCAGCAUGACGUAGAUUAUAGUGUUUGUGGUGAUGACCGAAAGUGUAAAAAUAAGGCAGACAGAAAGAUGGUAAAAUCGUUGGAUGCUAUUCCUUGGAAAGAAAGACAAUGGGGGCAUACUUUGGCUAGAACAAUAAUUAAUACUAAACAAAAACUUGGACUUGGUUUAAACGCGAGUCGGCGUUGA